UGUUUCCACAUCAGGAUAAUAGGUGUUACUUCUCAUUAGCCAAUCAAACGCAGCCUUCUCUCUGAAGAGCAGAGAACGUGCAGUGUUUCAGUUCAUUCAACGAGGCAUUUUGGACACGAUGACAAAUUUGAAGUUUGCGUUGUAUCUGAUUUAUCUGUUUUUAGGGAGUUCAGGUCAGAUGAAUAAUCUGAAAUCGUCCAAAUAUGUGCUUCAAGACAGCGGUUUUUAUCCAGCUGACAUUGGUGAGAAGGUGACCUUGCGAUGUUUCUAUGAGGGUAAUGCAGUGAUGUUUUACUGGUAUAAGCAAACUCUGGGACAGAAACCAAGGGUCAUCUCUACCUUCUACAAGCAUGAGAAAAAUGGCUACUUUCUUGGUGAAUUUGAGGACGAUCCUCGAUUCGCACUAGAAGUUGGAAACGGUAAAAAUCACUUGACAAUCUCGGAUUUGAACUUUUCAGAUUCAGCCACUUACUACUGCAUAGGUUGCUACGCAUAUGAUUUUGAGUUUGUAGAUGGAGCUACUAUCAGUGUACAGGGUUCAGGCUUUAACAUCCAAGCUUUGGUUCAUCAGUCACCAUCCGACACCAUCCAGUCAACUGAACAGCUCAGCUGUACAGUACACACUGGGACCUGUGAUGGAGAACACAGUGUUUACUGGUUCAGAAAUUCUGAAGAAUCUCAUCCAGGACUCAUUUACACUCAUGGAGACAGGAAUGAUACAUGUGAGAGGAAACCUGAGAUACAAACACAAACCUGUGUCUACAACUUGCUGACGAAGAGCCUGAAUCUUUCUCAUGCUGGGACUUAUUGUGCUGUUGCCUCAUGUGGACAUGUUCUGUUUGGAAACAAGAAAAAGUUGGACUCAACGGGUAAGUAA